UAAAGUUUUAGUUCAACAUAUAUUUUUCCAUUACAUUUGUAGUUGUUCAUUACAUAAUUUAUUUUUAGUUAUUUAUUUGUGUAGGAUAUGGAGAGAUUUUUUAAACGAACUCGUAGUUCCGGCUCUAGCUCCUCUAAUGAGCCGAAUGUUAUUGAACAAGUAGAAAAUCAAUCCCGUGUAGAAUUGAAUUUGGAUGAUAUUGUUAGUGAUCCGGGAUUACGAAAACCAAUUGAAGAAUUUGAUAUUACUAUUCGAGAUCAAGCUCGAAGAGAGUAUGCGCUCCGAGGGCCUUGUCAACCAAAUGGUCAUGUGUAUCCGAAAACAACUUUUGGUAAUCAAGAAAGAAGUUUUCAAGGAACUUGGUAUAAAAAAUAUACAUGGCUAGAGUAUAGCAUAUCAAAAGAUGCUGCAUUUUGUUUUUGGUGUUAUCUCUUCAAACCUUUAAAUAAAGAAAAUGUAGAUAAUGCCUUUAUAAAAGAUGGAUACAACAAUUGGAAAAGGGCAUUAGAAAGAUUCAAUCGUCAUAUGGGGACUGUGAAUAGUUGUCACAAUGAAGCUAGAAUACAAUUUGAGGCUUUUCAAGAUCAAAGGCAUAGUGUGGGGAAUAUUUUACGAGUACAUAGUCGCGAUAUGGAAAUUGAUUAUCGGACUCGUUUAACAGCAAUAUUGGAUGUGACACGCUUUCUAUUGAAGCAAGGGUUGCCCUUUCGUGGACACGAUGAGUCAACUAGUUCUUCAAAUAGAGGUAAUUUUCUUGAUGCAAACAAUCAAUUGACUUCCCCAAAAAUUCAAAAGGAUUUAACACGUGCUUGUGCUUCAGAGAUUACACUUGCUAUAAUCAAUGAUAUUGGAGAUAAAUUCUUUUCUUUGAUGGUUGAUGAGGCUAGGGACAGUUCAGUGAAGGAGCAUAUGGGAGUUGUUUUGAGGUAUGUGAAUAAAAAAGGAUGUGUGAUUGAACGAUUUCUUGCAGUUGUGCAUGUGCCUGACACCAGUUCUCAUUCUUUGAAAAUGGCUAUUGAUGCUUUAUUUGUGCAACAUGGUUUAUCAUUAUCUAGAUUGAGAGGCCAAGGAUAUGAUGGAGCUUCAAAUAUGCGUGGUGAGUUCAAUGGAUUGAAAUCUCUGAUACUACAAGAAAAUCCAUUUGCAAUGUAUGUUCACUGUUUCUCUCACCAGCUCCAAUUAGUUCUUGUUGCUGUUGCCCAUGAUAAUUUUACUGUGAGUGAAUUUUUUGGGUAUAUCACUAUGAUUGUGAAUAUAUCUGGAGCAUCUUGUAAGAGGAGAGAUCAACUUAGAAAGAUUCAACAUGAUAAAAUAAUUGCUGAAUUGGAAAGUGGAGAAAUUACUAGUGGAAAAGGAAAAAAUCAAGAAACUAGUUUAGCAAGACCUGGAGAUACUCGUUGGGGAUCACACUACUUAACAUUACUUCGUUUAUGCUCUAUGUGGUCCUCAGUGAUAGAAGUGUUAGGAAAUGUAUAUGAUGACGCCUCUUAUUCUGCAAAUAAAGGUGUUGCCGCAGGUUUAAUUGAGAAGAUGGAGAGUUAUCAAUUUGUUUUUGUGUUACAUUUGAUGAAGUAUAUAUUGGGAAUUACAAAUGAGUUAUCACUUUCCUUACAACAAGGGGAUCAAAAUAUUGUUCAAGCCAUGUCCUUGGUUAGAAGUGUGAAAUGUCGACUACAAGACUUCAGGGAAGAUGGAUGGCAGAUAAUUUUGGAACAAGUUAACACAUUUUGUGAAUUGAAUAUGAUUCCAAUACUUGAUAUGGAGGACAACAUGCUAACUCGUGGUCAUGGUAGGCGUAGAGGGCAGCUCAUCACCAAUUUUCAUCAUUAUCGUGUGGAGAUUUUUUGUCAGGUUGUUGAUUUAAUUAUACAAGAGAUGAAUAAUCGUUUUUCAAAAGUUAGUACGGAAUUGCUUGGUUGCAUAUCAUGUCUUCAUCCAAGAAAUUCUUUCUCUCAAUUUGAUGUUCACAAACUCAUCCAUCUUGUUGAAUUUUAUCCCGAGGACUUCUGUGGUACUGAUUAUUUAUUUUUGGAACAACAACUUAUGAGUUACUUUUAUAAUCUGCGGGAUGAUCCUUACUUUUCUUCAAUUGAUGACUUGGGAAUUCUUGCUCAGAAAUUGGUUGAGACUGAAAAACAUUUGGUGUUCCCAUUGGUUUAUCGUAUGAUAGAGUUGGCAUUAGUUUUACCAGUUGCAACUGCUUCGGUUGAACGAGUAUUUUCUGCAAUGAAGACUGUGAAGACUGAUUUACGCAAUAGAAUGGGAGAUGAAUGGAUGAAUGACAGUCUAGUUGUAUACAUUGAAAAGGAUAUUUUUUCUACAAUUGAAAAUGAGCAAAUAUUACAACAUUUUCAACAAAUGCAGUCUCGUAGAAUCCAAUUGCCUCCUCUUGUACCGACUCGUCAGUCGUCGCAGACUUCUGUUAUGGAGAAUCGGUCUAGUAUUAAGUGGGACAAGGGAAAGGCUCUCGAGUUCUAG